AUGUCCCUCAAGCUGUGGAAACAGAUCCUCGGACUCAACCCUUUCAAAGGAUCAUACUUUGGGCUCUUCCGGACACUAGAUAGCACGCGGGAUCAAGCUAUUGCGUACUGUGGUGUCUUGUUCGCUAUUGCAGCUGGGGUGCCGUUGCCAAUUAUCGGCGUCAUAUUCGCACAAAUCAUCGGCGAUUUUCCACCAGAUGAGGCCGCGCUGGAAGAUCACAUCGUCCAGCUCAUUGGGAUCGCGGUUGCAUACUUCGUUGUAACAACAGCAUAUACCACAUUCUUUGCCCGGACUGGAGAGCGGAUAGCGAUCCAACUACGAAGAAGGCUGCUCAGGACAUUGCUCUAUGUCGACCAGGCCUUUCUAGACGUCGAGGACCUUGACUACAAUGGGCUCCUGCGUGAUAGCAUCGAUACCAUCCAGGUCGGCUGCUCGGAAAAGGUUGGGAUAUUCAUUCAGUCGAUGUCAUAUUUCGUCGCGGCCUUCACCGUCGGCUUCAUCUUGAACGCCAAGCUGACCGGCAUACUGUUCGCGGCUGUGAUACCUUCCAUGAUAGCCGUGGUCUCGCUCGGGUCAACGUCGAUCUCGAAAUACACACGCCGGGUGACGCAUCACACCGAGAAAGCCAACGCCGUCGCUUUAAGCGCUUUGCGGGCGGUCAAGAUUGUGCAGGCUUUCGACAUGAUCGCGAAUAUCUGCCAACUUCAUUCUGAUCAGCUGUCAGAAUCUGCAAGGCUUGGACUCCGGAAAGCGAUCGCCUCAGCGCUAGAGCUCGGAGGUGCAUACUUUGUCGCCUACGCCGCCAAUGCUCUUGCAUUCUACGUUGGCAGCCAUAUGGCAGCGGCCAAUGAAGCAGGCGGCGAUGCUGGAACCAUCUAUGCUGUGGUGUUUCUCAUCCUUGAUGCUUCUUUUGUCGUCGGACAGUUUGCACCCUUUCUUGAGAUCUUCUCUCGCGCCGCCUCUGCCUACGGCAAGAUUCUGGAGGUCCUCGAAAUCAGACCAACGGAACGAUCAAACCGGCCGCACGACCACGGAGAUAUAUCUCUGCGAGGGCAAGACGUACGGAUUAAUAAUGUUACCUUUGCGUAUCCUGCGAGACCGGAUGCACAAGUGCUCAAUGGCCUUGACAUGCAUUUUCAGCCGGGCACGUUUAAUGCCGUCGUAGGAACUUCUGGCGGUGGCAAGUCGACGCUUGUAUCGCUACUCCUGCGAGUCUAUGAUUACGACGGAAGCAUCAGUAUCGGCAACCACGAGCUGAUGGAGAUGAACAAAUUCGAGCUCCGAUCGCAGAUUGCCGUGUUGGAUCAGGACUGUGUACUGUUCUCCGGCUCGAUCUUCGAGAACAUCCGAUACGGACUGGUUGGGCGAUCGCUGUCAGAUGCCGACUCGGUCAGGCUGUGUGAGCAAGCUGCAGCAGAUGCAGGCAUCGACUUCCUCCCAGAGCUGUCGAACGGUAUCCAUACGGUUGUGGACAAUACGACGCAGCUCAGUGGAGGUCAACGACAACGAGUCUGUCUUGCUAGAGCGCUUGUUUCAAAACCAGCAAUACUUAUCCUCGACGAGCCAACAUCUGCACUCGACGCCCGCAGUGAGCUCAAGGUCAUGGAAGCGAUACGUACGGCAGUCGCGAACGGCAUCACCGUACUGAUGAUUGCCCAUCGUCUCUCCACCGUGCUUUCCGCGGACCAAGUAACAGUGCUGCAAGACGGUCGCGCGGUCGAGCAAGGUACACCAGCUGAACUAACCAAAGAUGGUUCCAUCUUCUCGGGCCUUCUGGCCGCGCAGGCUGUCAACGGCGACAGUCAGACGCAGAUCGUGGAAGUCUCAGACAGCUCGACUGACGAGAUAGAGAAGCCAACGAGGCUCCGGAAAGACUCCGAGACUACCGAAACAGGCGUCAUUGAGAAAGACGGCGAGCCGUCGUUAGCAACCAUCUCUCGCAGUUUUCUCAGACUCACCCGUCCGGACCACAUCCUCGUUGCUGCGGGAGCAGUAGCGUCCAUGAUCUCUGGUGGUAUGAUCAUUGGAGAAGCCAUCAUUUUCGGCCACCUGGUCCAGCUCCUCAACACCGGCCAAGGGCGCUCGGACUUCCAAUCGACGGCCGACUUUUACUGCCUGAUGUUCUUCGUGCUGGCAUGCAUAGCAUUGCUGUCUUUUGUUGGAAGCGGCACUGCGUUUGGUAUUGCAUCCUCCCGCUUAGUGGCACGGGUCCAGGCAGAGCUACUGAAGACUGUGCUUCGCCUUGAUCUGGCUUGGUUCGCAGAGAAGGACCGCUCGGCAAGUGCACUGGCGUCUACUUUCGCAAAAGACUCGUCGGAUCUAUCAUGCCUCUCGGGCGUCGCUCUGGGCACUGUCUGCACCGUCAUCGUCUCUAUCAUUGGCGGAACCGUGCUCGCGCACGUCGUUGCCUGGAAGAUCGCUGUCGUCCUUCUCGGUGCUGUGCCAGUCAUGAUCGCAUCUGGGUUCAUACGAAUCAAUCUCCUCGGGAGGUCCGAGCGACGACAUCGGACGGCUUAUAGCGAGGCCACUGGAGUCGCGGUAGAAGUCUGCCAUAGCCGCCGCACAGUCGCGAUCCUCGGUCUGGAGGAGUUGUACCUGGAGCGGUAUCAUGAAGGUUUGCGCAAGCCUUACAAAGCUGGGUUGAUCCCAACGGUUACUUGCAAUCUGUUUCUGGCCUUUUCUCUGGCUAUUACUUACUUCGUCUAUGCAUUGGCGUACUGGUGGGGCUCGAGACAAGUCAGGAACGGCACAUACAACCAGCAGCAGUUCUUCACUGUGCUGCCGGCGCUCUUGUUCUCAGCGCAGUCGGCUGGCCAGUUGUUUUCGCUGUCUCCCGAACUCGCUCGUGCAAGAACAGCCGCCGCGAGCAUCUUCAAGCUGCUCUCGUCUCGGCCCAGCAUCCUGACCUCCACCCCCGACGACCUACAGUCAGAACCGGAGAAGUCAUUGACGUCCAGCCUUGACAGCCUGGAAAAGUACUCAGACGCCAAGAUACAAUUCCGUAACGUAAGCUUCUCGUACUCGAAUGGAGCACCUGUCCUUGACGACGUCAGCUUUGGGAUCACCGAAGGCCAGACGGUGGCGUUGGUAGGACCUUCUGGUGCUGGCAAGUCGUCGAUUGUCUCACUUUUCGAGCGCUUCUACGACCCUACCGCAGGCGAGAUCCUGUUCGACGGUACUGAUUUACGAGAUCACGAUGUACGAAAGCUGAGAGGCCGACUCUCGCUACUAUCACAAGACGCAGAGCUCUUUCCUGGCUCGAUACGCCACAAUAUUGCACUUGGCGCAUCUGAUCGAGAUGUCUCACAACAAGAGAUCGAAGCGGUCGCCAACCAAUGCGGCAUCCACGACUUUGUUUCCAGCUUACCAGAAGGCUAUACUACAGAAUGCGGCGCUGAAGGCAACUCGCAGCUGUCUGGUGGCCAACGCAGUCGCAUCGCUUUGGCACGAGCCCUCCUCCGCAAUCCAGAGUGUCUUCUGCUCGACGAGCCGACUGCAUCUCUCGAUGCUGUGAGCGAGAAACAGGUUCAAGAAGCGCUGCAGGCAGCUGCAAAGGGGAGGACAACUGUGAUUGUUGCACAUCGUUUGGCAAGCAUACAGCAUGCUGACAACAUUAUUGUUCUUGAUGGCGGAAGGGUGGUGGAGCAAGGGUCUCAUGCUGAGCUGGUACAAAAGGGUGGCCUAUACGCGAGCAUGGCAAAGGCGCAGGCACUAGCAUGA